AUGGAGGAAGCGCAGCAAUCGGUUUGCGACGACUGCCAAGAAGCUCUCGUGGUCAGCACGGAGGAGAAUGCGGAACCUAUCCAUCUACACCAGCAUGACCCACAUCUCUUCCUGGCUAAUUGCUCUGACGGCCUCUACUGGCAGGCCUCUGGGAUGUAUGAGACCCAGUCGAUUCCGAAUGGAAAUCAUGCUGAGGUCAAUUCGAGUCAGAGCAUUGAGUUCAACCACAACCUAAAUUUUCAAAAUUUGGCUUUACCAUCAAUCCAGCAGCCAGUGAUUGCUGGCCCUGACCCGAAUUUUGGUGAUGGAUAUUCGUUUGUCCCUGCAGUGGAUUGUACUCAGCCGGAGUAUCUCCUCGGAUACGAAGAGAAUAUUUUUGAUCAUCUCGUUUCGAAUGAUUAUCGAUUUACAAGCACCUCAAGCCUAUUCGGUGCCCCAAAUUUGGACAAUCAGUAUGCGCAACAUGAUGCAUAUUCGACAUUAGGUGAUUCCGUCUACCCACAAACACUUGAGUCAGAGUUGCUGGUUGUGUUCUCGAUUGGACAAAACGAAGAUUUGGGGAAGAUCAUGACAGGUCUCCCAGCUCCGCUGAGAACCGAGGGAGUGAUUAUUUGGAAAGUUGCACUCGAAAUCCUACUUGACCUUCUUACCAACGAUGACUACCAACGCAAAGGAAUGUCUUUUGCCGAGCGAGUAUCUGCAACCGCGUGUCUUCGCUCAAAAGACGCAUCUCUUCUGCCUCCGAUUUUGUUUUCCAACCCUGAACACCUUGGCACAUCUUGUUUAGACUGCAUACAAGCACCUUUGGCCUUCUGCCUGACAGAAUUCAACUACAGUGGCAAACCAAACUAUGGUGUUAAUGAGGAUAUCAUUACACAGUCUCUCGAGGCUACUUUGGAAACCAUUGCGUAUCUGAGCCGCCGUCAAUUUGAGCUUACCACCUUUCAAAGAUUACAGUGCUCCGCAAAUCAGUUAUUUGCACGCACGAAAAAGCAUUCACAGAGGCAAAAUUACAGCACAGCAAAAGCACUAUUUCAGCUGUUAAUGUCUGGCUUAUUUGAUAAUUGCAAAAUGGAGUCUACUAAUUCUGAAAGCAAUGAGAGUGGGACUUUACUGGCGAGGGCGGCAUACACGGAGCAGAAAAGAAGAAUUCGCUGCGAUCUCCUUCGUUACUUUGAAACAAUUCUCAGCAAACUUCCUUCUUGGAACUACUUUUUUGAGGAUACAAUUGGCUAUGGGGAUUCAGACGGCGCGGACUUCAUGCGAGGAUUGUGCUCAGAUGUGGACAGCUUUGACGCAAAAGCAAUUGCUUACGGCUCAGUGGUUCAGGAUCGUGUUACCCAAUGGUUGAAAUGGGAAGAUACCUUCGAUGACUUUGAACUCUAUGACAAGUCUGAGUUACAAGAGGAUGCAGAACUUGAUCUAGCAUGGUUUCAAUCCUUCCAUCGGGAUGUCUUGCGGGGAACACCUUACAAAUCUGAUGUCAACGCCAUCGAAACGGAUCUGGAUGAAAACUAUAAGCCAUUACUGAAUUCACUGAUCAAAACUUUCCAAGGGAUUAUUCCCGAGAUGGCCGCACUCUUCGAAGAACUUAUGGUGGACCUGGGAAGGCUUCGAGAAGCUUUGUCGGUGAAUCUGAAACAUUUCGAGGACUGUACUGCUUCCGAAGAAAAAGAAGCGGCUCUUCAGAACUUGAAGGACAGAGUUGUUGAGUGCUAUGGGUGGAUGAAAGAAUUUGACAACAUGUAUGAAAGGAUACGGAUGGACUACGGACCUUCCGGUGAUCAUUCUUAA